GAGCUUUACCGGCAUCACCGAAUUUCCGGACAACCCACUCUACAACAUCACGUGGCUCGAGGCGCUGUCAGUGGAGUGUGUUCCGGGCGGUGUUGUCAACGAGACCUUUCCUUCCACCAUUUCCAACCUCGCGCAGCUCACCAGACUGAGAGUGAAGGACUGCAGCAUGGGCACCAACGGCGGCUUCUCAAUGCUCAGCUCACUCACCAGCCUCGUGGAUGUCGAGCUGCCAUCCAACGGUGUCUUGGAUCUAUCGUCCCUUCACGGACUGGGCUUCGCCAAACUCCAGAAUCUCAAUCUGAGCGCCAAUACGCUGCAGUCCAACCGCCUCUUGGACCUGAACAGCCUCACCAGCCUCACGUCCCUGGAUAUGUCACACAAUAGGCUCGAGGGUGAUCAGCUGCUGCAGCGGAUAACCCUGCCCAGCCUGCACUUUCUGGAUCUCUCUCACAACCAGCUCAGUGGAUUCCUCCCGGAAUCCUUCACAACCAUGACUUCACUGGAUACCCUAGACGUGGGUUUCAACAAGCUGCAAGGAACCAUCCCCCCCUCGUUUGGAAGCCUGAACAACCUCUCAACUCUUGCCACCGGCAGCACCUCUCUCGCGUGCCCUGACCGCUACAGCAGCUGCGGUGUGCCUCAGUAUCCAUCUACUGGCUUCUGCCGAAAAUGCGCUGACUUCUGCACUUCAUGCGACAAGUCCCAGCUGACGGGGAAGGCGGGAGUGUCUGUGGGAGCAAUCGUCGGAGCCGUGGUUGCUGCCUGUGCUGCUCUCCUGGGCCUGGCCUUGAUCCUCUACUACUGCUGCUUCAACGCACGGCAACAGACAGGUACUGAGCGCAGUGCACAGCACACUACAGGCAACCAGGGAAAGCCGGAGUGGAGGAAGGCGGGGCCGAUUGCCAUGGUCUGUGGGAGCGAUUGCCGGGGCCGUGCCAUGGUUGCUGUGUAUGCUGUUGUUCUGGGCUGGGUCUGGCAGCGCGUGGACAUUCUCAUAGGGGCUGCUCGGGGCUUUGAGUACCUUCACAGCUUUGGCAUCGUGCACCGCGAUAUCAAGCCUGCUAACAUAUUGCUGGAUGGGAACAUGCAGCUUCGGCGUGGUGAUGCUGGAGCUAAUGACGGGGCGGCAGGGUCAAGGUGUGUAGGUGUGCAACAGCCUAGCACUUCUGAAAAACAUGUGUCGAACACUCUGUUUGUCCCGUGUGCCUGCAUGUGCAGCUUCGGCGUGGUGAUGCUGGAGCUAAUGACGGGGCGGGCAGCCGUGCAGGAGUCGCCAGCCCCUGGCGCUGAUGAGGAGGGCCACUGCCUCCUGACCAUCGUCUCCUGGGUGGGGCAGCAGCUACAAAAAUCCAGCAACGGCCCAGUACCUGGUCUUCAGGACCCGCGCAUGGAAGCUCGGGACGACCUCGUGCUGGCUGUGGUGCAGCUGGCGCUGCGGUGCACUGCCAGGCGCACUGCCGCCCGGCCGGACAUGGGCACGAUCGCAACAGAGCUGAGUGCGGUGAUGGCGCAGUUGGGGGGUUCUAAGAGGAAUACAGCGGCGAAGGAGGUGGACAGGCAGAUGGAGGAGUUUGAACCCGCGAGAAGCAUGGAAGAGGAAUUUGCUCGGAUAAAUGCCCGUUCGUACCACCGCGACACGCCAGCCAUGAAUCGCGGCGGCAACCCUGCGGCCAACCGCGCCGCGGCGCGCCAACAUCAUCAGGCGCGGCGCGACGACGACCACCACGAGUCCCCAGCGGCGCCGGCAACGGUCACAAAGCCGGCGCGGCGGCGCGUGGUGAUUUCCGCGGCGGAGGUGCGGCGGCUGAACGCGCAAGCGGGGCAGUUGCGCGAGGUGCUGGGGAAGAGCAAGGCGGUGAGCGAGGAGAUGAUCACUAUUCUCAACACCUUCGACGCGCGCCUUACCAACCUCGAAACCGCCAUGCGACCUAUUCAGGCGCGCACGCUGGCGUUCCGCAAGGCGCACGCCAACAUCGACGCCACCAUCCGCGCCGUGGAGACGGUGCUGGAUAAGUUUGACAUCCCGCAGCAGGUUGAGCAAAGGAUCAAGGACGGCCCUAGGCGGGAUCUUGAGGCAUACCUAGCAGCAGUGGACAUGCUACAGGAGGCUCUACUCUUCUUCGACUCGCACCGCAACUACAAGUCCUCUGAGGGCGCGGCUCUGCAGGCACGUGGGCUGAUGAAGGAGGCCAUGGGCAUGCUUGAAGCGGACUUCCGGCAGCUGCUGGCCAAUAACAGCAAGCCCAUGGACGUUCUGAAAAUUAUCGAAGCGAUGCCAGAGCUGGGAAUUGAUCUGGCAGGGCUGCCCCCACCGGCACAGACGCCGGAGAAUCUGAUUCCAGGCAUCGGACCCAGCAAGGGAGGGAAGGGCCCGCCCGUGCUGCUGCUGCCCACGCUCAUAGAGCGGUUGAAUGCGGUGGCGAGGAGGAUGAUUCAGAAUGGGGCGGCCUCCGCCUGCACGCGCGUGUACAGGGAGGUGCGCGGCAACUGCUUGGAGCAGUCGUUGAAGCGCCUGGGCGUGGAGAUGGUGACGCGGGACGAUGUGCUGCGCAUGCAGUGGGAGGAGCUCGAGACCAAAAUUGGCAACUGGAUCCAGUUCAUCAAGAUCUGCGUGGUCCCCCAUCACCCUUACUCCCUGCAGGUCAUGCUGCUGCCGCCGUACCACUCACUCCUUACCUCUCCCUGCUCAACCCCUCCCUUCCACCACCCCUCUCUCCCCACAGAUGAUGCUGGUGUUUCCAUUGGAGCGAGAGCUUGCUACCAGGUGUUCGCGGGUCUGGACCCCCACAGGGAGAUCUCCUACGCCGAGAUGGGCGACCGCGGCCUCUCGCUGCUGCUCUCCUUGCCUUUGCUGCUGCUGCUGCUGCUUCUGCUGCUGCUCUUUCCUCUGCCACUGCUGCUGCUGCACCACUCACUCCUUCCCACCCCUUCCCACUCCCUCCAGAUGAUGCUGGUGUUUCCCCUGGAAAGGGAGCUAUGCUAUCAAGUAUUCGCAGGCCUGGACCCUCACAGGGAGAUCUCCUACGCCGAGAUGGGCGACCGCGGCCUCUCCCUGCUGCUCUCAUUCGGCGAGGCCAUCGCGUCCAGCCAAAAGUCCCCCGAGAAGCUCUUUGUGCUGCUCGACAUGUACGAGACCAUUCGGGAUUCCAUGCCCAUGGUGAUCGAUGCCUUCCCGGGCAACGCGUGCAUCCCGUGCCGAGAGUACCUGCGGUCGCUGCAGCGCAGCCUGGCGGAGAUCAGUCGGGACACGUUCAGCGAGUUUGAGGACGCCGUGGAGAAGGACAGCACACGCACGCCCGUGGCUGACGGGACUGUUCACCCGCUCACCAGCUACGUCAUCAACUACGUCAAGUUCCUCUUUGAUUAUGAAGGGACGUUACGGCAACUCUUUGAAGAGGCAGAGAAGGAGAGGGGAGAGAAGGACUGGCAGGGCGGGGACCCGUCGGCACGGCAGAAGCCGCGGCUGGAGGUGGCGACGCUGCGCAUCCUGACAGUGCUGGAGAGCAACCUGGAGGCCAAGGCCAAGCUGUACAAGGACCUCGCGCUCACACAGCUCUUCCUCAUGAACAACAAGCACUACAUCGUUCGGUCUAUUCGCAAGUCGGAGCAGGCGAGGCAGCUGGUGGGGGAGGAGUGGAUUCAGCGGCAUCGCAAGAUAGUGCAGCAGCACCAGGCCAUGUACCAGAAACUGGCGUGGAGCAAGGUGCUGACCGUGCUGAGCCCGGUGGGGGAGGUGAUCAACAAGAACACACUCAAGGAGAGGCUGAAGGUUUUCAAUUUUGCGUUUGAAGAGCAAUACAACAAGCAGCUGACAUGGACCAUCCCGGACGCGGAGUUACAGAAGGCGGUGCGCCAGGCUGUCAUCGACCAGGUGCUGCCCGCCUACCGCGACAUGCUCAAGCGCUACGGCCCGGUGGUGGACUCGUUAAAGAAUCUCUCCAAGCACGUCAAGUAUCAGCCGGAGGACAUCGAGCGGCUCAUUCGCCAGCUCUUUGAGGGCCGCCAGGUUGUAGGCGAGGCCAGCAAGGGCAAGGCGUCGCUGCUCAAGUAG